UUUCCGUGUCUGGUUAGUGGACUGACUGACAGCCAGCUGUGCGGCUUCAACAACAACCUCCUGAGCUACACACGACUAGAUUCUGGUUUUUGUUUGCCGCUGGUUCUACCUGUCUACAGUAGCUGGUGUUUUAAAGCGAACAAUCGACAGCACGCCGCCACUUUUGGCCCGUUUCAUCGCCGGGUUGUCUGCUAACUAGCUAGAAGAGCGUUUCCUCCAACAUGAAUCCGUUGUGUGGCAGAUGUAAUCAAGUCGUUUACCCCACGGAAAAAGUCAAUUGUCUGGACAAGUACUGGCAUAAAGGAUGCUUCAGCUGCGAGGUCUGCAAAAUGACUCUAAACAUGAAGAAUUACAAAGGCUUCGAGAAGAGACCAUACUGCAAUGCACACUACCCCAAGACAAACUUCACCUGCGUGGCUGAUACUCCAGAGAACCUUCGCCUCAAACAGCAGACCAAGAUGCAGAGUCAGGUUCACUACAAGGAGGACUUUGAGAAGAAUAAAGGCAAAGGUUUCAGCGUGGUUGCAGACACGCCAGAGAUGCAGAGAAUUAAGAAAACGCAGGACCAAAUCAGCAAUAUCAAAUACCAUGAGGACUUUGAGAAGAUGAAGUCUGGAGGAGACGCUCCACAUCAGCCUAGCCACCCCAACCAAGGAUCUUACCAGCAGCCUGCAGCCUCCCAGAACUACCACCACUAUGAGCCUACUCCUGAACCAGUGCGCCCAGCAGCUGCUGCCCCUCCUCCCAGCUCCGGGAAGCGAUACAGAGCAGUGUACGACUACGCCGCUGCUGAUGACGACGAAGUGUCCUUCAUGGACGGAGACGUGAUCGUAGACGUGCAGCAGAUUGAUGAAGGCUGGAUGUACGGCCGCGUGGAGCGCACCGGCCAGCAGGGCAUGCUGCCUGCCAACUAUGUGGAGGCCAUCUGAAUGAUCGGGGGAACGUCCAGUAAAGGAGAGGAGAUAAAGAAAGGGAGGGAAGGAAGGAAAGGAAAAGCCCAGUGCCAUCUCAUCUUAACACCGCUUUCUCUUAAUUUUACUCUGGUUCCUUAACAAUCUGUCCUGUGAUCCUAACCCUCCUCCGCUCUGCACCCCCGCUCUGCUCUCACUGUCCGCCGCCUGUCCUCCUCUCCAUCAGCCUGCUUCAUGUACGUCCGUCUGUGCCGAUGUCUCUGCUUCCUCUUUGUCCAUGAUUCAUUAAGACUUGGCUCUCAUAGAGAGAAUCUCACUAACAGGAAAGUCAGGGGUCAUGUCUGGUCGCACGGCUUCAUCAGAGCUACGUAGCAAUGGCACACAAGAUAUGAAAUGCAUUUACCAGCUGUUAGACCAGCUGCUAAUAUUCUGUAGGGGAGAUAAAGAAAAAAACUGCAGAAAAGGAAAGUUUGUCUUAAAUCUGCAGCUCGAUCUUUGCCAGACUGGAAACGGUGUUUUAUCUCAGUUCAUCAGACAUAGGCUUGAAUAUUUCUUUUCUCUUAUCAUUUUUGACUUGUGUUCUUUCCUUUAGCUCGGAGCUCUGGUGCACCGACCGGCUGCUCAGAAACAAAGAGGUUUAUUACCUUUGUAGAUGGACCUAAAUCUUAAAACUAUGGGGUAUGGUUUGACACUGCUGGGUGUUUGCUGUGAAACUGGAACUUUAGCCUAACUGAAGAGCUCCUCCUACAGGGGGGAUCAGGGACAAGUUGGCGAUCAAUAAGAGUCCAUCUCUAACAUCCACCUCCAUUAGUGUGAUCAAACUGUGCAGAAGUCCUCAUUCCUGUUUUUUUUGCAGCUCAAAUUAUUUAUCUAUUUAGAAGAGGAAACUUUCCCAAUGCUAGGAAAUCUCUAAAGAAAUGGUUUUAUAAAAAGAGGGCGCCAAGCACAACUUUGUAUUGUGAUUCUCUAGGUUUUAACUUUGUUCCACUGUAUGUGUAAAACAUUCCAGUCAUUUGUUUCUAUUUAAUGUGAGAAAAAUCCUUUUGCUGUGUUAAAUGUUCUUUCUCAUACUGUUCUUCAUUUGCCUGUCUUGUUUUUAAAAAUAAAUCAGUGUGUUUAAAUAAAGAUUUGGUUUUGGGACCCAAGAAAACAGAAUUUGUCAAACUGCAGUCAUGAUAUCGGAUCAGAUGUGGGAUUUAUCUGCUUUUAAUUAGAUUUCCAGAUUUAUGCAGCAAACUUUGCUCUCACCGUUGAUCCUGACAAGGUGUUGAUAGGUGUUCGGUUACGUCAUGCCCCCGGCUCUACACACUUCUCCCCCUUUUUUCUCCCAUGAUGCACUGUGAGUGGGGCAUGUAGGGGAGGGGCUCUAACAUGUAGCUUGAUGACGUCCUGUAAAUGUAAAUGAAUCCAUAAGGCCUCUGGAAGGCAGAUAUAUUUUUUUGCAGAUCUGGGGUAGGAAUUUGAUUUGAAAUGUUGGAAAACGUCUUUGAGAUCUUUCAAAUCUAACGUAAACAUGUUGAUUAAAAAAAUGAGCACUGGAUCAGAUAAACGAUCAUCCUCACCUUGUUUUAUAGGUCGUGCGAUUGAACGCUCUGAGCAUCAAGCUGCUAAUCGUCCUCAGCUGGAUUUUUGGAGUGAAGAAAGGGGGAAUGAUUUCAGGCCUUAUGUAAUUGCUCAGUUAUUUUUUCCAGUCGCCUCCCUAUCUCCCCUGAUUAUAUCUAGUCCAGCUUGCUUUAUCCACAGGGUGUGAAUGUCAGUUUAGAUGACUCUGAGGGUUGUUUAAAUGGUGCUCAGGCUGGAUUUGCAAAGUGUGUGAUGAUGUCUUUGGGGCUUGACAGCGAACAGAUGCUUCUCAUCUCCCAGCCUGUGGCGCAGGCCAAGUGGUUUGUCUGACCUGGAUAUUAGUCAGGAGUCGACCUCAUCCCAGACCCUGACUUCACUACUGAUCCGUAUACCAUCCCUGCUCCUCCCAGCUUCCCUCUCGUAUCCUUUCCUUCUUACCUGCUGCAGAGCCUCUCUCCUGUGCUUCUCAUCAAUCAUUCCCCGCUUCCAUCAUACUGGUUAUAUACUGUAGAGUUUGCAGAGUGAAAUCAUUUUAUCCACAAUUCCAGGUUUAGCACUGACCAGUUUUGUGCAUUCCAUAUUAAAAUGUUUUGGUUUUGAUAUAGUUUUGUUAUUUUUUAAAUGAAAAAAAAAAGGAUCAUAUGCAUAUUGUCACACACGUGUAUUGAAAAGUCAGAAUAAAUACUCAGAUUAAGGACCUGAUAUCAUCUCCUGUUGCCCUGUUACAGCACUUCAAAUUGUACUUAUGAUUCUGCAGAUUCAAUAAAAUGUCAUUUUUUUUCUCA